CCUAUUGGUCAAGGGCCCCCUUCAGGCACCGCCCUCUUCCCCGAGGGUUCAACCAACGCAGCGCGGCAAUUGAAUAUUCAAAGGCAGAGCGCGAGCGGCUUCGAGGUGCGGCGGUUGGAGCGUUGCCUUUGGUGGCUUGAGGCGAGCGGAACCGGUGGCGCUCAGUCAUGGAGGUUUCCCCUCCCGAGGCACGGCUGGAGACGCUCAAGUACAGCGAGCUGCAGUCCCUGGCCAAGGCUCUGGGACUGAGAGCCAAUCUCAAGGCAGACAAAUUGUUAAAGGUGUUGAAGCAGCAUUUUCAUGAGGCAACACAGGAAAAUGGAAGUAUGAUCAGCAACGAAACCUUUUCUGCUUCGGAUGUUGAGGAAGGUGACAGCAGUCAAAUGCCUGCCAACCUGUCCAUGGUUACCAAAAGUCGUCGAAAACUGAAUUCUCAUAAUGCACUGGAAAGUCUAGAAAUAAACAUUUGUGACUUAAAACCAGAAUGUCACCCAAAGAAAGAGAUUCCAGAAGAUCAGAAAGAAAAUGAACCAUUGCAAAAUGCUGGAUCUGGAAAAACACUGGAGACAUACCAAGAUGAAUAUCUGACCAACAGCAAAAUGACAGGAAACUUGGCAGCAGAAUCUGUUACUCCAGGCCAUCAAAAAGAGAAUUCUACUGUACAAAAAACAAUUGAAAGUGAUACUCCUGUGAGCUCUCUUUCUGGAAAGAAACCUUACAAAGGCAACUUGCCAAAAUCUGGGAGAAGAGGAACACCUACCACUCCAAAUUUUAAAAAAAUUCACGAAGCUCAAUUCAAGAAAAUGCAAUCAAUUGAUGAGUACAUUGAAAAGAAAAAGAAAAUGAUUUGCAACGUCAGCAAUUCAGUUAAGGAGGAUAAGAUUCUGACUAAGAAUAACAAUCCUCAGAAAUCCUCCAAGAAAGAAACUCUAAAGAGUUGUUCCAAGAUGUGUUCCAGUGGGGUUUUAUUCAGCCCGCACAAUCAAAAGAAUAGGCUCUCUCCUACAUGUACUCCAAUCUUAAGGCGCUCACCACGGAAUUUUCCUGGCACCUCAAAAAAUAUUUUAUCUCAGAAAUCAGCAUUCAGCUCAACUGACCUCUCAGCCACUAAAACGAAUGUCAGAUUCUCUGAGUCUACAGAGGACAAUGAGCACAAACGCUCCCUUACCAAGACCCCUUCUAGAAAACCUCAAUUCCUCAAUGGUUGCACCCCAGACAUGCAGAAGAGCAAUGAAGAUGUAAUAACUAGGAAGAACAUCGCAAGAAGUGCAACAAAGUGUCAACUAAAAGAAGCUCAAAGAAACUCUUCUGUUACUCUUUUCAAGUCUGUAUCCGACACUGCAGAACUCACAAGCACUAAAAAGCCAGUAUUUGAUCUGCAAGCAAGUCUGUCAAGGCCUCUUAAUUAUCAGCCCCACAGAGGAAAACUGAAACCCUGGGGUAACUCAAAGGAGAACCAGAGUAUCUGUUCCCAUAAAAGAGCUGUUAAACAGCCAGUUCUUCAGACCAGAGAAGAAAGACGUGAGAAACUUGUACAGGAGAGAAAACAGAAAAAAGACCAAAUGCUUGGAAAUCGGAGAGGAUUGAGUGCUGUUUGAAGUUAAUCCCAAUGUUGCUGUUAAUAUUUUUCAUAUAUAUAAUUUCCUUGUAAAUAUUUUUAUGUAUUUUCUUUGCGGUAAUAUACAGAUUUAGUAAGAAUACAGGUUGUAAGUGAACUGUUCUUUUCCGCUUUUUUGCAAAGUUUAUGUUUGCUACAUGUUGGUUUGGCUGGAACCUAAAAGAUUAUUUUAAAAGCACUGGAAAAAAUCUUAACAUAUAUAUGGACAACAGACAAAAUAGUAAGUUUUAGAUUCAUAUUGUUUUUAAUAUAUCCGUCUUACUUGAUUGACAGAUAAAUAAACAUAGCUGUUAACAAUA